AUGUUUUAAGCUUAAAUACUCACUAAUUAGGUACAUUUUAAUUAGAUAUAUUUAGCCUACUCGAGGAGUUCCUUUAGUGUUGCCAUAUAAGGUUGGACUAGUUAGGAAAACUCCCUAUUUAUGCCUUCUAUCGUACCAAAGAUUUUCAAAAACUCAAAUGUUCACUUCUUGA